CUCGACAGAGACAGUUAGAUCCUCAAAACCACAUUCGAAGUUGGAGACUCUUUUCACACAUUCACGUACUCAACAACAAAUCAUAAAUGGGCGAGCAAGAGAACUGCCUGGGGAGCACUACCGCACGGCCAUCAAAGAAACGGCCCAUGAUGACGGCUGCUACCACUACUACUACCAGUAUUGAGUCUCUGCAAGGACGGCAACAACUUUCAGUAACCGCCAAGAAGAGGGUCGUCUUGGGUGAGCUCACCAACAUCCCCAAGAUUGUCGAGUUGAGCAGUAUUCCAAAGCCUGUCCACCCGAAACCAAAAUCCAGUACCAGUAGAGAAAAAGAGGAGGUAGUGAAAUCAGAUGCUGAUGUUGAUCGUUGCCCUGAUGAUUCCCGCAAAUAUGCCGAUGCCCCUCUCAUUUAUCAGCAUCUUCGCUCACUGGAGGUGGAAGGAAACAGAAGGCCGUUGCACAAUUACAUGGAGAAGGUUCAGAAAGACAUAACACCAACUAUGCGAGAAAUUCUAGUUGAUUGGCUGGUGGAGGUUGUUGAUGAAUACAAACUUGUCUCUGAUACUCUUUAUCUGACUGUGAACUACAUAGAUAGAUUCCUAUCCUCACAUGCUUUGUCGAGGACGAAACUUCAACUCCUUGGUGUAUCCAGCAUGCUUGUAGCUGCAAAGUUUGAAGAAAUUACUCCGCCACAUAUUGAAGAUUGUUGCUACAUAACAGAUAAUACGUACACCAGAGAAGAGGUUGUAGCUAUGGAGAGCAAUAUACUAAUGUUUUUAAAUUUCAAUACAUCUAAUCCAACAGCAAAGAGUUUUCUCAGAAUGUUCACCAAGGCUGCACAAGAAAUCUCAACAUUUUCCAACUUGCAAUUUGAGUUCUUGGCUUGUUACCUGGCGGAGCUGAGCUUGCUAGAUUAUAUCUGUGUGAGGUUCUUGCCAUCAAUGAUUGCUGCUUCAGCAAUUUUUCUUGCUAGAUUUACAAUGCUACCAAGCAUUCAUCCCUGGAGUUUGGCAUUGCAGAGAUAUACAGGUUACGAAGCAUCUGAUUUAAAGGAGUGUAUCCUUGCCAUUAAUGAUCUACAGCUUAAUAGAAGACCGACCUCUGCACAAGCAUUAAGAGAAAAAUACAUGCAAAACAAGUUCAAACGUGUUGCAGCAUUGUGUCCACCCUCAGAGAUUCCCAGUCAUUAUUUUGAGGUGGUGACUGGAAAGCAUUCUUCAGAAGCUCAAGAAGCCCCACUUUGAGUGUGCAUAAAGAUCUUAAUUCUGACGGAUAACCACCAUAUGUCUUGAUCUGUCUUGGGAAGAUUAAUCUAUAAAGUGGCUCGUGGACGAGUUCAUCAAGUGGGUGUCAAGGUUUGAUGCUUUGCAUCUCCAGAAGACAGAUAUGGAUGCUGACCUGAGAGUUUUAUCCUCUGGAUUUGAUAAAGAGACUACAAUAAUUUUUUUUCCCCAACCUUGAAUAAGAAAAUGUAAAGUACGUAUGUUAUUCUGAAGUCCAAUGUUUAUGCAUCUGCAUAUAGUAAACCUAAACCAUUGCACAAUUUUCACUGUUGGUGUUUUGCUUUUUAGAGCAUAUUUUGCUCCUUGGUUGAUUUUG